AUGCCACAUCACCCAGAAAGUGAUGCAGACGCAGCCCGUCUGGCUAACCUUGGCCACAAGAGCGAAUUAAAUCGCAACUUCUCUCCUCUUUCUAUGCUGGGCCUCGCUUUUGCAAUCUUGAACAGCUGGACCGCUCUCGCUGCAAGCUUGUCGUUGGCAUUGCCAAGUGGUGGUCCAACAUCUGUGUUAUGGGGACUGAUCACUGCCGGCGUUUGCAAUCUUUGCCUUGCCGUUUCGCUCUCCGAGUUCCUUUCUGCCUACCCUACCGCAGGGGGUCAAUAUCAUUGGGUCGCUGUGAUAAGUUGGAAAAGAUGGGUUCCUAUUCUUAGCUGGAUCACUGGCUGGAUUAAUGUUUCUGGUUGGAUAGCAUUAGUUUCAUCUGGGGGUUUGCUUGGAAGUCAGCUGAUCGUGGGAGUCAUAUCCCUCAUGAAUCCCACUUACGAUCCUCAAAGAUGGCAUCAAUUUCUUAUUUAUAUUGGAUACAAUCUGGUUGCAUUCUUAGUUAAUGCAUUCAUGACCGAUGCAUUGCCUGUUAUCACGAAAUCCGCAUUCCUGUGGUCACUGGUGGGAUUCGUCGUGAUUUCGAUUACUGUUCUGGCUUGUGCGUCGCCGGAGUACUCCUCUGCGGAGUUCGUCUUUACUGAAUUUUUGAACGAGACUGGCUGGCCUGACGGAAUAUCGUGGCUACUAGGUCUCCUACAAGCUGGGCUUGGAUUGACAGGUUUUGAUGCCGUGGCUCACAUGAUCGAAGAAAUCCCCAACCCCGAAGUCGAGGGCCCGAAAAUCAUGAUCGCUUGCGUUGGCAUUGGUAUCUUCACCGGGUUCAUCUUCCUCAUGGUUCUUCUCUUCGUGGCAGGAACAAUCGAUGGUCCUGAUGGCGUGAUUGAGUCAACGGCAGGGCCGCUACUUCAAAUAUUCUACAACGCCACUGGAAACAAGGCUGGAGCAAUCUGCCUCUUGAUAUUCCCUCUCGUGUGCCUCCUUUUCGCAACCACUAGCAUCAUGACUACAUCGAGCCGAAUGACCUACGCGUUUGCCAGAGACGGAGGUCUUCCCGUAUCUCGCUUUUUUGCCAAAGUCCACCCUCGACUUGAUCUGCCCCUCAAUGCUCUCUAUCUGACAGUUGUACUGGUGGUCAUAUUCGGGUGUAUAUUCUUGGGGUCCAGCAGCGCGUUCAAUGCCAUCAUUUCAGCCUCAGUCGUUGCCCUUGGCGUUUCAUAUGGCAUUCCUAUUGCUAUCAAUUGUCUCCGUGGAAGAUCCAUGCUCCCAGAGUCACGGCCCUUUAAGCUAUCUCCACUCCUUGGGUGGACUGCAAAUCUGAUCGGGCUUGCGUAUGUGAUUGUGACGACGGUCCUUUUCUUGUUCCCGCCAGAUCUUCCCGUGACCGGAUCCAAUAUGAAUUAUUGCGUCGUCGUCUUCGCCAUUAUCCUAAUCAUCUCAAUAAUCCAGUGGUUUGUAGACGGCAAGAAGAAUUUCACGGGCCCUCGGAUCAAUAUUGAGGGUCUACAAAAUGGAGAGGUUAUAGGAGUAGACCCGAUAUUGGCGUUGCCAGACUCGAGUUUGGAAGAGCAAGGAAAAAAG